AAUGCGUAUGCAUGUGUUCUGCACCGAACGGGCGAAAGAACCGCCCCAGAUCCGCAGCCAACAUUUUUCAAAUCGGUAAGUCCUCGCUGCGGGAUCCGGAUCGCCGGGAGAGCACCGAGAGCGUCAGGAGAGCUCAGCGGGCGAUGGAUGACUGUAGAACGACUGUCCAGGAGUUCAACACUCUUGUGGCCCUCCAUCGUGAGCAGGUCAUCUCCAUAGGUGAGAACACAACUGACUGUCCUUCUCUGAGGGCACAUAUGCACAAGACUCGCAUCAAAGGAUGCGCCGUGGCCCAGGCCGCCUAUCAGAACCUCAUCGCAAUCUCUGGGCCAGAAGAUGGUGAAAUCCACCCUGAAAUAUGCAGGUUGUUCAUCCAGCUUCAGUGCUGCCUGGAGAUGUACAUAACAGAGAUGCUCAAGUCUCUGUGUCUGUUGGGUGUACUGCAGCUUCAUAGGAAAGGAAAUGACCUGUGUCCUGAGCCAAACAUGGACUGCAGGGUAGACGAAAGCUCUGAUGUGCCGAUGCUGGAAGAUCGAUCAUCGUCACCUGUGGAUUUCCCACAGGAGUCCUGGUUUGUGUGCACUGACAUUGAGAACAUAGAGAGUGAUAUGCGAGAAAUGAGAAACCUUCUAAGCAAACUCAGAGAGAAAAUGCCUUUGCCACUGAAAAAUCAAGAUGACAGCAGCCUGCUAAAUCUCACUCCUUACCCGCUUGUGAGGCAGAGGAAGAGGCGAUUCUCUGGGCUUUGUUGCCUUGUGUCUGGCUAAACCUUCAAUACUGUCAAGUCUUCUUUUCUGAUCAUUGAUCAGUUAGCGCUUCACUUGUCUUCUUUGUGUCUCUGGGAAUGUUUCUAAUGUAACUUGCCCCUGGAAAGUCUCAAAGGCCAGAAUAGUUAGAGGACAGAAUCCUCUAACUACAGUGGAUUGAGUUCCAUAGUAAAAUCAAGUAGUCCAUGUUUAGGUGAGAGGUCAUUUUGUUGUUAAACCAUAUGAUUGUAUAUCAAAAGCAACUGAAUGAAAUAUUUAUAUCCACAGAUAAUAACAUCUAUCUCUGAUUUUCUUUUCUUUUCUUAUCUUUUUUUUUUUAUACCAUAGUCAUAAAUCAGGAUGGUUUGUUGUCAGUGAGAGGGCAUAUUAAGUUAAAUAAUUGUUGUUUUUCAUGUACUAGACUUAGGUAGGUCUUAAUUACUUUGUAAAAAAUAUAUAAAUUUAGUCACUGUGCAAUGCUUUUUAUUUAGUCUUCCA